AUGAUUCUGUUCCCUUCCCCAGACACUCAGCCAGCCCUACGAGUAUGCAGAGCUCUCUGGAUGAUUACUCGUAUCAUCUUACUCUUUGGUGUUCUCUACCUUUUCAUUUGUGCCCUUGGCCUACUAGAAGACUCCUUCAAGCUCUUGGGAGGUCGUGCAGCCAGUGAGGCCUUCCGGAACGGUUAUCUUUUGUCCAACCCAAUUACAGGACUCAUGCUGGGAGUCAUGGCAACAGUGCUGGUUCAGAGUUCGUCCACCGUCAACUCCAUCCUCAUUGCCCUCGUCGCUGCUCAAGUGAUCCCCCUUCCCAACGCCAUCCCCAUCGUGAUGGGCUCUAACGUGGGCACCUCUGUCACCAACACCCUGGUCUCUCUGGCGCAGGCGGGAAACAGGGAGGAUUUUCGGAGAGCUUUCGCAGGGGCCACUGUAACUCCCUCCUCCCAAUCCCAACCCCCUCCCCCUACCCUCAUAUUAUUCCCCUACUUCACCAAACCUUCAUCUCGUUGUCUCAACAACCCCUCAUCCCCCCACUAUACUGGCGUAAAACACCUACAUGAAUUAUCAUCCAAACCGAGGCAACUCCAUCCUCCAUUCCCAGAGGCUGUGUACUCCACACGGUAUGAGCUGUUGGCGGAGAAUUGCAUCAUGUUGGGACAGACCUCCUCUGUACACAGCAACUGCUCACGUUUGGAGAAUGAAGGACAAGACUCAGAUGUCGAAGAGGAGUUGUUGGGUGUGUUCACAGGCUGGAACAGCUCCGAGGUGGUCAACACAACAGUGGGGAGAACUCGCUGUCACAGUUUGUUCGCACAGACAGACCUGGGUGACAAAGCUGUUGGCGGUAUCCUGCUUGUCAUCUCCCUUGCUGUGGUUUUGACAGCCCUGAUUACGAUCGUGAAGAUCCUCCACUCCAUGCUCAAGGGCUCUGUAGCACGUGCCAUCCAUCGCACCGUGAACUCUGACCUUCCCGGCCGUUUCUCCUGCCUGACCGGAUACAUCGCCAUCAUGGUGGGCUGUGGGCUCACCAUGGUCAUACAGAGUAGCUCGGUGUUCACUUCUACACUGACCCCUCUAGUGGGCGUGGGCAUCAUGACAGUAGAGCGGAUGUACCCUCUGACCCUGGGCUCCAACAUCGGCACGACAGUGACUGGCAUCCUUGCUGCAAUGUCCACCACGGGGCAGCACCUGGACCAGGCCCUGCAGAUCGCAAUGUGUCAUCUUAUCUUCAACAUUUCGGCAGUGAUCCUCUUCUACCCUCUCCCAUUCAUGAGGUUCCCGAUAGCCCUCGCCAAAACGCUCGGGCGCGUGACGUCAAAGUAUCGGUGGUUCGCUGUUUUCUAUCUCAUCAUGAUGUUUGUAGUCAUCCCCGCCGCUGUGUUUACGUUAUCGCUGGCCGGGUUCGUUUACCUAGCCUCUAUCGGCGGGAGCCUGCUACUGGCCUUUAUUUUAAUCAACAUCGUGAAUGUUUUACAGAAGAAGCGACCUCAUUGGUUGCCCCGGAGGUUCCAGACGUGGGAUUUCCUGCCUCGUUUCUGCCAUUCGUGUGCGCCGUAUGACGCCAUCAUUUCCUGUGCAUGUCUGAGGGACAUGUUCCCGCAGAUUUUCAGCACUAAAAACGAAAAUGUUGAUUCUAGAGACGAGAGAAUGAGUCUUGAUAUUGAUGGCAGUGCCGUUCUCCUUCAGGUUCGGACCAGCUAGACCGUGUGAAGGGUUUACCUUCUGGUAUGACUUGGAUGCGUUUGAUCUGCGUUCAGAUCUCCAAAAUGGGGCGUUCUAGAGUGUAGAUUGGGGGUCACCAAAGUACGGCCUCCAUGCCACAUUCGGCUUGCGGGGUCGGUUCGCCUAGUCCGUCGCCAUGCCACAAUGCAAGAUUUGUUAGAAGCCUGCUCUGGACUUGACCACGAACAUAUUUGUAUCAAUUCAUUGAAAACCUCAUUGUGAAUUAAACAAGCUUUCAUAGACUUUAUAGAUUCUAACUUAUCUAUCUUGGUUUGUAAGAUUCAAAUGUGUGCACACUAGAAGUUAUAAUUAUCUUUCACAGCAUUAAACAAUUUCAUGACAUUUAAAAAUAUAUAUUUGCAAGUUGUCCUUAUUUUCUAAAGUUAAAACAUUUUUGGUAUAUGAAGCAUUUUAUGCAUUUAUUAUCAACAGAUUGUUUGUUUUUAUUUGUUACGUAUGCAGUAUAUUGUAUUAAACAACAAUGUCAUCCGAGC